CAGGCAUUCAGGAGGAGCUAGCUAGCCGUCUUUGCUACAGACCUUGCUACAGUAGCUCGGAGACCAGAUACUGUAGCAGCCAGCAAUGUCUUUCAUAAGUUCACAAUUAUGAAUUAUGAUUAAAUACGACUGUCGUGAAUUCGUCAUAAAAUAGUUUGAAAGGAAAUCUAUGUGGACGUACUGUACUGGAGUUAGUAUGUGUCUCGCUCGUGAAGUAGUCUUUGUCUACGUAUUUGCCAGCUAGCAUAUAGCUAGUUUGUUUUAUCUAGUCUCUUUAAAUGCCAUUAGCUACCACUUUAAUUCAAGUAUACCCAGGGGUGUCACCGUUGACUUUGUUAGCUACAUUGCUUUUUACAUUUGUGCUAAUUUGCAUACAACCGUUACUAUUCGUGGUUUAUUUCCCAGCACUUCAGGUAAAAGGAUGGACCACGCACAGCGAGAUAAGUUGUCAGAGCUCGUGGAAGAGUUGACCACAUCUGGGGAACCACAACUAAAUCCAAAUAAACUGAAGGAAGUGAAAAAGAUAUGCAAAGUUUCCAACGACUACAUUGAGCACUUCUACCACCUGACCAUGACGCAGCUGGCCCAGGAGCAUGCCGAGAUCCGCCUGUCAGCCUUCCAGAUGGUCAGUGAACUCUUCACCCGCUCACACCACUUCAGGGUCCUGCUGGUAGACAACUUCCAGGAGUUUCUGGACCUGACAGUGGAGACGGACUCAGAUGAGCCUCUGCCACCACCCAAAGAGGUGGCCCGAAAGCUGAAGACCAUUGCCAUCAAAACUGUGCAAGAAUGGCAGGCCACUUAUGGAGAAGCCUAUAAGAAACUGGCCUUGGGCUACCACUUUCUCAAGCAGGUUAAAAAGGUGGACUUUCAUGAUGUUCAGGCCAGAACACUAGCUGAGAGGAAACGAGAGGAGGAGAGACAGAAAAGACUGGAGAGGAUUUAUAAAGACAAAGUUGAAAAGGCCACCAAGGAAAUGGAAGAUGCCUCAGAAGAGAUUGAAGAGUGUCUUACAGAGAUAAACAACUGCAUAAAGUUGCUUCUGCCUGCAGAGUUUGACCUCAGUGACCUAGAUACCUCAACUCCAGCCAAUAAUUCAACCGUUUCUGUCUCUUCUGUGCCUAAUGAGAAGGCUAGCACCUCCAGUGACCUAGACGAACAGCCCUGUUGUAGUAAAGACCUGGAGCUCCAGAGGGAACCCAAGAAUACAGAGACAAGUACAGCAACGAAAACCAAUGAGGAGAAGGAGGAAGAGGAUCCUAGUGAUGAAGACAGCGAUAUAGAGGAUGUUCUGGUAGAAGAUGCAUUCAUACGCAACACAGGACUCAUAUCUCACAAAUACAGCCUGGACCUGAACCUCUCCACAGAUUUAAAGCUAAAGGAGACAGAGGAAAAUGAAGCAGUGGUGAACACCAUGAAGGACCUGCACAAAUUGCUCAGCACUAAACACCUGCCUGUCGUCCAGUACUGGGUUCAGGCGGGUGUGCCAGAACCGCUCCUCAGACGUGCCAUAGACUUGAAGUCGUCGCUGGAGAGAGCUCUGCAGAAACAUGAAGACCUGCACAUUGACUACAAGGCCAGGCAUCGCAGAGUGAUGAAAGCGCCGGAGGGCAGCGAUGACGACGAUGAUGACUUUGAGGAGGUUCCGGAGAAGGAGGGUUUUGAACCCCACAUUCCAGACCAUCUACGGGAGGAGUACGGUUUAGAGCCGUCCCCCUCCACCUCUGUGGCCUGUAAGAAGCCGGUGCAGCCUCCAGUAAAGUGUCCUGCAACAGGAGCCUCUCACACCCUCUCCAGACCCAGGAAGAGAGCCACUGACGAGGAGCAGGACCCCACCUGUGCAGCCGCCACACUCCGCCUCUUCAAGCAGCACCUCCUACCCCAGCCACCUAGCACCAGCUCUGCAGCAGGAGGUCAUGUGGACCCCACAUACCAGGCUAGUGAGGACAGGGACAAAGCUCCAGUCAUCCCCUUCGGUUUGGACCUCUACUACUGGGGAGAGGAGCAACCCACUGCAGGCAAAAUCAUCAAGAAUAGCUCCCAGCACCAGUUCUGGGUUCCCAACGAGGUAGAGGAAGAGGUGGAGAAUAAGGAGCUGGCUGCCCAGAUGAAGUCCAGGUACAUCACGUUCGCUGGCCGCUUCCAGCCCGUCAAGCACAGGUGCAAAACCCCCAUGCCCAACGGAGGCCUCUGUGAACGCCAGGACCGAGUCAAGUGUCCUUUCCAUGGGCCGAUCAUCCCACGAGACGAGCUGGGAAAACCCACCAACCCUGAGGACGCUGUGCGGCUGGAGAAAGAGGAAUGGAAACGUAGAGAGGACCAGCCUGACUGGCGGGACCCUGAGCUGAUGAGGGACAUAGAGCUUGCCACUGGGGAGGACCUGGGGUCCUCCAAAACCUUUGGGAAGGGCAAGAAAGGCAAGGGGAAGGGCAAGAAGAAGAAGUUCCCCAACCUCAGUGAUCUGAAGAAGGGUGUUAACACUUCACGCUCCAGACUAGAGAAGAAGGUUUUCAACCCGAGCUCCAUGAGGCGAGUGACAGACGUCAUGAAUAAAAUGGACAAAUUGAAACACGCAAAGUUUGCAAACCAAUUUAAUUAUGCACUGAAUUAACAGGAAGUUGAGGAGGCCAGUGGAUUUAUAAUCCUCAAGUACUGUACUGGUAGAAAUGACUUCUAAAUGGAGACUUCUACUACAUUCACAUCUCAUGUCCAUGUAACAACAUGUUGAAUUGCGUCACAUUUAUGCUUUCUAUUAUGUAAAAAAAAAAAAAAAAAUGUUUUUAGGAAAUAAUUUGUCAAGUAAUGUUAUUUAUUGAUUUAUGUGUAACAUAAGGGAAAAUGUAGUGCCAAUCUUUGUCACCAGUUAGCUAUUUACACUUAAUGUAGUCCCCCCUUGGGAUUUUCAAUGGCAGAACUCUUUUUACAAUUAUCACAACCAUUGAAUGCUUAAUGUAUCAAUGCUAUUAUGUGGAAGUGGUAACCUAACUGUUGUGACAGGCAGCUUUUAACAAGUGUUGCUCUUGACUCCCAUACAGUUCUGUGUCUGAGUUUGAAAGCACUGUAAGGGCUUAUAGAAACGUCUAUAGGUUGCCAAUAACUGCCCUGCAUCAGACCUCUCUGGACUGUUAGAGAAAGACAGCCUGUGAAUCAAUAUGAAUAAUUUAAUAUUCACCUGACAAAAAUAUCUUCCCUUUUUUUUUUAUAUAUGUUUUCUCUGUUGUGUAGUAGUAUGAUGAUAGUGAAUGUGCUUGUGUUGGAUUAGUACAUGUUGAUUGCAAGGAGGGAUAUCUUCAGGCCCGGUUGUUGGCUGUUUUGGUUUGGGCAGGUCUGGUUUGGAGGCAUUGAAACAGUACUGUCUACUAGUCAUUGGGAGCACAUUAAACUAAUUGUUUGCA